CCUAGCAAGUCUACUGCCAAUGCUGCUUAGUGGACCCCUUGAAACCUGCUCGUGGCCCCCCAGUGGGCUCUGGACCCCUGAUUGAGAACCACUGAGUUAGAAUAUCCCUGUCUGAUGGGCAAAGGAUGAGAGAGAGAUUUUUAACCUAAAAAGGGGAACGAAGAGGAAGAAAUCUCAGCUGUACGGUUGAUACUUCUGUCAUUAGAACCUUGCCUGCCUUUCAUUAGGGUUCUUUAUGUAUGAUGGGAAGCUGGAGACCCUUAUGCAAGAGCAGCCAACAUGAAGCUGGACUGUAAGCCCAAAAAGAUCAGAGACAAGGAACUUCUAGAGCGUUGACUGAUCAUUGCUGUUCCUGUGGUCUUAGGCAGGGAAAUGCAGUAUGCAUAAGAAUUUCCUGCACAGGGAUUUUUAUAGGUGUGCUGUAAAACCAUGCUGUAGAUGAACUCUCCAUCACUUCUCCCGCCCCCUAGCCCCCCCGGGGAAUAUAUACUUGGUUAUAUAAACAGUUAAAAUGGAAAACUGAUGAACUUCACAUUGGUCAGGGAAGUAGUGCUAACAGUCAUUUUGUUUUAGAGAGCCAGACAACCUGAAUUUUUGUGAUUAGCUAAUUUAAAAUAUCCAGUUUCUGAUACAGCAUUUCUUAAAUAGUAUAUUCUGAAUAUUUAAAAAAAAAAUUUUUUUUUUAGGCGUUAGACUUUCCAGUAGUGGAGAAACUGACUUAGUUGGGUGGGAAGAGGUGGGACUUGACUGUACAUAAUGAAGUAAACUGUACAAAGUAAACAAACUGAACAAAUAAAGAAAUAAUUGUUUCUUUCUUUAAGUUAUAGUGAUAUUGGUAUUGAAACUGUAGCACAUAUAAAAUUUUCAGAAGGUAUGUGAUGUCUUUUUCAAGUUUUCAUUCUAUAAAAGCAGCUAGCAUAGUCUCAGUCCAACUGUGGACACAGCCUAUGAGCACAUAGGAUAUGUCUACACUGCGUUUGGAUUGUGUGAUUAGACAUACCAUGCUAGUUUUUUCUAGUUUGCACAGGUGCCAAUAGCAGUGAAGCCAUGGCAGCAUGGGAUUCAAUGAGGCCUACCUGCCCAAGUACAAGUCUGGGUAUGCACUUGGGUGUCUAGCCCACACUGAAAUCUGUGCUGCCUAUUCACUGAUAUUGAUAUAAGUGCUAGCUGGAUUAAAGGUAGGUCAGGUAUGUCUGAAUGUGCUGCAGUUACAACUUUGAUUGCAACAUAGAUAUACAUGUAGUUAGGACCAUCAAACUAAUCUCAGGGCUUCAGUAUGGUGUUAACUCGAGAUAUAACUCUGGUCACCCUUAACCUGACUCCGCUCCACACGCAUAAAUCUUUAGUUUGAGUUAAAUUGUGCUUUACCUGGCUCAUAAGGGUUGAUACUCAAGUGCUGCUGCUGUUUGAGCUAGUAAUGCAGUGAGGAUGCAGCUACAGGCUACAGCUGGAGUUAGUAUAAUUCAUUAUCUGCUAAUCCCCUCAUUCUGCAAAUCUAUUUGCUUUGUGUAGUUUGAGUGCAGUGUGGUUUACAGUGUGUCCACUCUUGAGCAAGGUUAGCUUGAGUAGAGUAACUCGUUAACUGUAGCAGUGAAAGCAAGCCCUUGUUCAAGGACCGAUCUACCAUGAGUGAACUCCUACCAACUGACAAGCUGAGUACAGUAUCUGUUGUUUGUGACAGAGUGGGGGUGAAAUAGGUGUUUUUGUUGUCCAUAAAGAAAUUACCAGGAGUGUAGUGUGUUUUAUAUUGAAAACCAAUCUCCUUCAUAAGUUUAUAGCUUUUACUGGAAAAGUGAAACAUUAGUAGUGGCUCUCUAGAAGUGGUGUGCACCAGUAACUCCCAUUGGUUUCACAGGGAGCUGUGGGUGCUCAGUACCUCUGAAAGUCAGCUGGAGCUGUUUUACUACCAUGUGAGGAGUAGUCUGACAGAGGGAAAAUGAAGUAUUUAAUAUAAACAAAUGGUGGCUGUGUCAGGAUUCAAACCAUUUAUUCCUCUCAGUGCAGAAACAAAGCUAUCCAGAAGCCACACUUACCCUUUCAGGGAGGUUUCUGUGUCAGCUUUUCUUUCUCUGCCACUUCUCUCUCUGGCUUUUGUCACUCUGUUGUUUUUUUUUUUUCUCUGUGAUGUCCCUGACCCUGCUGUGUUUUUUUUCCUUGGCUUUCUCUCCCAUCUCUCUCUAUUCUGUCCCCCAGGCUCUUGGUGCUGUUUCUGCCUGCUGCUCAAAUCCGCUUGGCUCAACUGCUAUGGAAUGUUCAGGUGCCAGUGUUCCAGCCCCCUCCUGGUAAACAGGCAUCUCCCAUCAUUCACCUUGUGGUGGGCAGAGCACAAUAGGAUACAUGGCUGAAUAGUUCAUAGGCACAAGGCGGUUACAUUUCUCUUACUGGGGGAGCCAUAAUUUAAUAUUUUCAGAAUAGUAUGUUCAAAAAUCUCAACUAUAAUGUUGUAUUAACAGUCUUUUAUUCAUUCUACUUUCAUGGCUGGCUUCUCAGAGCAUGCUACUGCGCAUAAUUAACUAAGGGGGGUCUUUGGAAAUAGACCAUACUUAAAAUGUACAUUGACUAGUGAAGCCAGAGAAAAAAGUGGAGUCUCAUAGGAAACUAACAUGUUUUACUUCUUUGAACUAAGAAGCAUGCAUCUGCAGCCUGUUCUGAUACAUGCUAUUGUGUUGUACUUUUUUAUAUCUCAACCAAUAAUUCCCUUUAACUCGUAAAAUGUCAGUAAAAUGAGACUCUGCUAUUGGAGAAAAUGUUUCAGGAUUUUUAAAAUUCAGAAAAAUGCCAGAGGCUUGAUGAUCAUGAUUUGUACCAUGUAGAGUAACUAGUUUCAGUCUUUGGGGGUGGACUUGUUUGACCCUGCCACAGAAUGAAGUGCCCUGCUUUGCUCGGUGAUCACAUCUUCAGGUUGAUGUAGUAAUUGUAACUGAUGUGCUCCAAAUGGGCCUCAGCCAGGCAGGUAGUUUAUAUAAUUGAUCUUCAGGUGGGAGAGAAGAAUAUGAAGUGAUCGGGACUUGACAGAAAUGCAAAGGACUGACUAUUCAUUCUGUCCAGUCCUCUGUCCGAAAAGUAAUCCAGUAUGGCAGGGAAAUAAAUUUAUUGUUUAUAGUAAAAAUAUUUUUCAAAUAAAAUAACUGUUUCCCCAAUCUUAGUCAAUAACCCAGUUUACUAGUAUGUAAUGUAAAUCUCUUCUUUAGAAUGUAAAUUCUGAGGUUUUUAAAACAAUAGUUAAAUUUUAAGUCUUUGCUUUAAACUUAUGUAUUUAAUACAUUAUAUUGUGUCAUAUCAGCCCAUUAAAGUUUAAUUUCCAUAACAAACUUAGUCCACAAAUUUCCAGAAACUUAAUCCAGUUCCUGUAAUGGUGCCAAUACUUCAUUAGGGUGUGGGUGUUGUCAGGAAGUUUUGAAAUCCAUGAGACUAUCACUUGAAUCAAACAACUCAUAGGGGAAAAUCUGGUAAACUUUUUCUCCUCUGUCUGAAAAGCUCUAGUAAGUUAAUGGUCAACUAAAAGAUAUUUUGGAAGCUUUGAUGGAUUUGUUCACUCCUGGUUCCCUACAUUGAAGUUACCUGUCUUGUUCUGCUUCAAAACCUGCCUAAAAUAGAAGUACAUUGAUUCUUUUAUUAACAUGAAUGAAUGAGAUAAAGUGCAGCAAAUGGAUUAUAGAACAUAGUCUAAUAUAUUCCAACACCCAGGAUAAUCUACUUCACAUCUUAGUACCAGCAGAUAUGAACCUGAAUGAGACUGCUCUUCUGAAUCUUGCCCUACUGAAUAUAUUUCCUCAUGGUUGUGGUUGACAGCCGUAUUACCUUGGGCUGUAUGAUCUCCUAAACACUAGAUUGCAAGAUGGGUCUGUAUUUGGAUGGAAACCCCCCAAGGAGAAAACAGGUACAGUUGGUGACUCAGUAGGUGGCACUUCACCUCUUCAUCAGGAAUGAAUCAUGGCUCUAGAGGCACUGUCAUGCUGAAGGUGCUGUAUUUCAGAUGAGAUGUAAAACUGGAAGCCAUAACUGCUUGUGAGAUCAAAAGAUGGCAUGUGAAUAGCAGUGUUAGUUCUGGUAUCCUGGUGGAAUUGCAAUUUGGGUAAUUGAGUUCUGAAUAUCAAAAUAUUCUACUAUAGUGUCAACUAGAGGAAUUUUUUGCUUAAAAUUAAAACCUGCUAAAAUGUUUUGUAACAUUGCCAAUGAAGGAAGACUGCUGAGUUAAACUCUAGCAGUACCUCUAUUUCAGUCGUGAUACCUGUAUGUAUGAUUCAUAAUGGGCAUUAGUCCUUCAUGAUGAAACAUAAUUUAUAAAUGUAAGACUUACUCUUAUUACAUUCUUAUCUCUUGUCUUUAACACUUUGUUUUGUACAGCAGGAUAUGAGCCUUCUCCUAUGUCCGGGCUUUGGCCUCACACAGUAGGUGUAAUAUAAUCGCUGAGGUGGGCGUUCUGCAAGGAGAAUUAUUUUUGGAGGCUUUUGCAUGAAACUUGCCCAAUGAGUCUGAGACACCCAAGCACCAUUAAUUUUGGAGGAGUGGUUAUGGAACAAGAUGGAACAUUGCAUGAAACCAAUAGUGUCCAUGGGCUGCACCUCCAUAUUAAAGAAACUAUGUUCCAACUUCCUGUCAACAACCUUGGCAGUUUAAGAAAAGCCCGGAAAACUGUGAAAAAAAUACUUAGUGAUAUUGGUUUGGAAUACUGUAAAGAACAUAUAGAAGAUUUUAAGCAGUUUGAACCUAAUGACUUUUAUUUGAAAAACACUACGUGGGAAGAUGUAGGAUUGUGGGAUCCAUCGCUUACAAAAAAUCAGGACUAUCGGACAAAACCCUUUUGCUGCAGUGCAUGUCCAUUUUCGUCGAAGUUCUUUUCAGCCUAUAAAAGUCACUUCCGGAAUGUUCAUAGUGAAGACUUUGAAAAUAGGAUUCUUCUUAAUUGUCCCUACUGUACUUUCAAUGCGGACAAAAAGACUUUGGAAACGCACAUUAAAAUAUUUCAUGCUCCAAAUGCCAAUACACCGAGUGGAGGCAUCAGCACUUUUAAAGAUAAAAACAAACAUGAUAGCCUUAAACCUAAGCAGGCUGACAGUGUAGAACAAGCUGUUUAUUAUUGUAAGAAGUGCACUUACCGAGAUCCUCUAUAUGAAAUAGUUAGAAAGCACAUUUACAGGGAACAUUUUCAGCAUGUUGCUGCACCUUAUGUAGCAAAGGCAGGUGAAAAGUCACUCAACGGUGCAGUUCCCUUAAGUUCCAGUACCCGAGAGGAGGGUAGUAUUCACUGCAAACGAUGCCUUUUUAUGCCGAAGUCGUAUGAAGCUUUAGUACAGCAUGUUAUUGAAGACCAUGAACGUAUAGGAUAUCAGGUUACAGCAAUGAUAGGGCACACUAAUGUAGUGGUUCCAAGAUCCAAACCUUUGAUGCUAAUAGCUCCAAAACCACAGGAUAAAAAGCCUAUGGGACUUCCUCAAAGGAUGGGUCCCCUUUCCCCUGGGAAUGUCCGAUCUCUUCCAUCACAGCAGAUGAUGAAUCGACUCACUAUACCAAAGCCUACAUUAAAUUCUGCAGGAGUGAAUAUGAUGUCAAAUGUUCACCUACAACAGAACAAUUAUGGAGUCAAAUCAGUACCACCAAGUUAUGUUGGACAGCCGGGGGGAAGGCUAAACUUAAGUGGUAAUGCACCAGUUUCUAUUCCACAACAGUCUCAAACAAUGAAACAGUUUUCACCUAGUGGAAAUGGAAGGCCUUAUACCCUUGGAGGGGAGCAGAGAUCUCAGACUCCAGCAAGGUACUCUCUUCAGUCUGCCAAUUCAUCUUCUCUUUCAUCAGCCCAGUUGAAACAAACAUCAUUAUCUCAGUCUCAGGCAGCAUCAAGAGCAUUAGGUCAGUCUGGCUCAAAGCCUCCUGUGGCUGCUACAGGUCCUUCUGCUGUCAAUACUUCAUCGACACAAAAAUGGAAAAUUUGUACAAUCUGUAAUGAGCUGUUUCCUGAAAAUGUGUACAGUGUUCACUUUGAAAAGGAGCACAAGGCUGAAAAGGUGCCUGCAGUAGCUAACUAUAUAAUGAAAAUACACAAUUUCACUAGCAAAUGUUUAUACUGUAAUCGCUAUUUACCCACUGAUACAUUGCUUAAUCAUAUGUUAAUCCAUGGACUGUCUUGUCCAUACUGCCGUUCAACUUUCAAUGAUGUUGAAAAGAUGGCUGCUCAUAUGCGAAUGGUUCAUGUUGAUGAAGAAAUGGGACCUAAAACUGAUUCCACUUUAACCUUUGAUUUGACAUUGCAGCAGGGUAGUCACACUAAUAUACAUCUACUUGUAACCACCUAUAAUCUGAGAGAUGCCCCUGCUGAAUCUGUAGCUUAUCAUGCUCAGAAUACUCCUCCUGUUCCUCCAAAACCACAGCCGAAAAUCCAGGAGAAGGCAGAUAUACCUGUGAAAAGUUCUCCUCAAGCAGCAGUCCCCUACAAAAAAGAUGUGGGUAAAACACUCUGCCCUCUCUGCUUUUCAAUCCUAAAAGGACCUAUAUCUGAUGCACUUGCACAUCACUUAAGGGAGAGGCAUCAAGUAAUUCAAACAGUUCAUCCGGUUGAGAAAAAGCUAACAUAUAAAUGCAUUCAUUGUCUUGGUGUAUAUACCAGUAAUAUGACUGCCUCAACUAUAACGCUACACCUUGUUCAUUGCAGAGGGGUUGGGAAGACCCAAAACGGCCAAGACAAAGCUAAUGCGCCAUCUCGACUAAAUCAGUCUCCAGCUGUAGCACCUGUGAAACGUACUUAUGAACACAUGGAAUUCUCUCUGAUGAAGAAAAGAAAAAUGGAUGAUGAUGACUCACCAUCUGCCUUUGAAGAGAAACCUGAAGAACCUGUAGUUUUAGCUUUAGACCCUAAGGGUCAUGAAGAUGAUUCUUAUGAAGCCAGAAAAACAUUUCUUACAAAAUAUUUCAAUAAGCAACCGUAUCCCAGUAGGAGAGAAAUUGAAAAGUUGGCUGCCAGUUUAUGGCUAUGGAAAUCAGAUAUUGCUUCACAUUUUAGCAACAAAAGAAAGAAAUGUGUUAGAGAUUGUGAAAAGUACAAGCCUGGUGUGCUACUUGGUUUUAACAUGAAAGAAUUAAACAAAGUUAAACACGAAAUGGAUUUUGAUGCUGAAUGGCUGUUUGAAAAUCAUGAUGAAAAGAAUUCCAGAGUCAAUGCUAGUAAAACUGUUGAUAAAAAAAUAAACCUAGAAAAAGAUGAGGAAAGUUCUUCAGACAGUUACGAAAACAUAGAAGAGGACUCUAAUGAAAGCAGUAGUCCAUUUGGUCAACCAAUUUCAGAUGUUGGUCGUAAAACCUCUAUUGAUAGCAUAAUAGAGAAUACAGAAGACAGCAUAUCCAAGGAGACUGCUGAUGAAAAUCCCUUACAGUCUCCAGAGAAAUCAGACCAAAAACAGGAGGAAGGCUCAAAAUAUGAAGAGAUUCACUCUGCCAAGGAACCAGUUAAACUGGUAGGUGAUGCCUCAGAUAGUGAAGGUGAUCAAGAAGAUCAAGAUGAUGUUGCUGAAUGGAAAGAUGGAGCUUCGCAGUCUGAAAGUGGACCUGGCUCUCAGCAAGUUUCUGACUUUGAAGACAAUACAUCAGAGGUGAAACCAGAAGUUUGGACAGAUGAAUCAUCCCAGAGUGAAGAUGUUGGUAGUAGUAAACCAGCUGCAGAAAUAAAAGGGGUUGCCUCUGAAAGUGAUGAAGAGCAAUCAAAAUGGAAGAAUAGUUCCUAUGGAAAAGUAGAAGAGUUUUGGUCUAAGGACCAGUCACAAUGGAAAAAUGCAUCAGAAAUUGAGGAGAGUUUGUCAAAUCAGCAGAUGGAAUGGCAGAAUAGCACAAUUGACAGCGAAGAUGGAGAUCAGUUUGACAGUGUGACUGAUGGUGUAGCAGAACCAAUGCAUAGCAGCUUAACUGGUGUAGAGUUGAGCAGCCAGCAAGCAUAAGCUGCUCAAUUCAGAAGCAUGGGUAAAUAUGCUUCAAUCUACAACUGUCUAAAUACUUUCAUUUCAAUAUGACUGCUGAGCUUAAUUCUAACUGGUACUGCCUUUUGAGUGCUAGGUCAUCUGGCUAGUGGUUGAUGUGGCCACUAUUAUUCCAGUGGUUAUUCCUAAGUAUGCUGUUGGCUAAAUUUGCUUGAGAAUACCUACUGUGAUGAGCACAGUAACUUAAUGUGAAAACAGAUAAGCUGGUGGCUCCAGAAUGCACACAAAGAAAAGCAGAGGUUUUCUUUAUCUGCAUUUUCAACAUUUAUUUCACUCUUCGAUAUGUUCAGUUGUAUGUCUUUUUAAACAUUACCCUUUUUCACAUGGUAGUAUAGGGCCAACAUGAGCUACCAGUUCAAUGUGUAUAGUAGACUAUGGGGAAAUUGAUUUUUUUUUCAUGUAUCAUUCUGAAUAGUUGAAAUGUAUAUUUGUACAGUCUUUUAGACCUAUUCAAGUGAAGCUUAUGAAAUUGUUAUUGUGUACCCAUCAUAGAUUUGUUUCUCUUUUUUAGUGUUGCCCUGCUGUGUAAUAAAUGCUGUAUCUAGUUUACCUAGCAAAAGCUUGAAACUGCUAUAGUAUGAAUUUUGACAAACUUAGUUUUUGCACAUAACCUUGUACAAUCUCAAAACUGAGGCCAGCAACAUAAAAAAUUAUAUCUGGACUCUAUUGUAUUAUAGAAUUUUCUUGUUCUGAAUAUCCUUGACAUUACAACUGAUGACAAAUGUAUUUCAGAGCCAUUUUCUGAAAUCUUUUAAGCUAAAAAAGAAAAAAUCACAUGCAAGAAACAAGUUUGCAGCUACUAAUUUUGACACCUUUUAGAUCUGUAUAAAAGUGUAUUGUGUUGAAGCAGCAUACAGAAAUAAAAAUGCUGCAUUUUGGAUAUUUAGUUUUAUCUUUAGUUAACACCAACAAGGUGUUUGUAUUCAUUUAUACCAUCUAAUAUAUGACACACUGUUGUAGUAUGUAUAAUUUUGUGAUCUUUAUUUCCCUUUGUAUUCUUCAUUUAAGCAUCUAAAUAAAUUGCUGUAUUGUG